AUGGAAAUUGCUAACUCGUCACUCGAUACAGAUAAGAGCCAUUAUAUAUCCCACGAUGCCGAGAAAAUAAUCCUGAUGACUUACUUCACCAACGAGUUGUACACUAUUAGUUUGAAUUAUGGUAACCAAAGUAUUGGUGUAACCGGUCACGCGCUAACCCACGAGGUAAAAGAGUGCACUACACGACACAAACACUUUGCUCAGCACUGCAUACAAGACGUACGGCAACGGUGGCCGCGGGCCGAUCACAACAUGCAACGGGUGCCUGAAUUUUAUUUCACCGAGCACGACGACCAAAACUUUACCUACUAUUACGACUUUAUGGGCACCGCCAGCGGCACCUUCCCGGCCAUCGACACCACCUCUACCACUCGCCAAGCAAACCAUACCGGUGCGGAUCAGGUAAAACCCACAACACUUACCGGAAUGUUAUACGAGCCCCAGAAAUGUUGCAUAAUAUACGAGUUGUUAGACUGCAUGCACACGGAGUACAAGCGCCAGUGCCCGGGCCUGUCGUUCGCGCCGGUAGACGAGGUGCUGCAUCUGUCGGCGAUGCAGGUGCACGACCGGUGCGACGGUUACCAUAUCGACAAUCCGCUGUAUCGGGCCAUAGAUGGCAGCGGUGAACGACAUCACGUCAACCCGCGUAACAACGAUAAGAACUGUCACAUUAGGUUUGGCGGUACAAGUGUUGAUGAUGGUAAAAAGUCCGCAGCGUUUGGUUUGCGCACUACAACCCUAUUGGCGGUAGUGUUGUAA